AUGAACGAUCCAGGACUAAACAACCUCCUCAAAUGGGGUAUUCAAAACUCCGAGGCCUCGCGCACCGAUGUCGCCGCCGCCGACCAACCGCCGCCACAACUCGACGCUGAGGCGCUGCAACGGCUCAUGACUGGAGUGUCAGGUCCCUCGGAUGCGCAAUUGAUGCAAGAAAGUAUGCAAGUCAUUCAAAACGAGGAGGCAGAACUGGAGCACCGGGUAACCGCAUUCGACAACUUUGAGCAACUCAUUGAGAACCUCGACAACGCGAACAACAUCGAGAGCCUAGGACUGUGGACGCCUCUUGUGGAACAACUGGAGAACAAAGACGCUGAACUCCGACGCUACGCUGCAUGGUGUUGCGGUACUGCCGUCCAGAACAACAUCAGAACACAAGAACGGCUCCUUGUAGUCGGCGCUAUCCCUACCCUCGUUCGUAUGGCAACCUCAGAUGUCGAGAACAAGGUCCGCAAGAAGGCCAUCUUCGCCCUUUCGUCAUCCGUUCGCAACUUCCAGGCCGCGCUCGAUGCCGCCGUUGAGCACAUGCCUGCCGAGUUCAAGCCCCAACAAAAGUUGGACGCUAACGACAUGGAAUCAGUCGACGUUUUGAUCAACAAACUUCGCGAAAGUGUAUAA